ACUGUUGUUGAAUGAGUAUUAUUUCUGUACUCCAUUAUUAUCGAUUAUUUAUAGUUUUCGCGAUGUGUCACGGCUAGUGGAGUGCUUUAUCGCGUAAUCAGUUUUGCGUUUCAAUUAUCUGUCGGUUUUCUACGUCUCCGUCCUCGUCAGAAUGGUCGGGUUUGGUCAUUUUUGGUAUACGACCAAUGUAUUGAAUUCAUUGUACAAUCGCCCCCUAAAAUUUUGAUUCUGUGGUCACAACUUCAAAGUGAACUUGUAGCUAUCGCGCAAUUAUCUUCGGUAACACCCUCAACCUUGCAACAAACUUGCAAUUCACCUCUCAUAACAUCUGCGCGCUUUUAUACAUUAACAAUUGAUUUUACUUGCCAUUGCUAGUUGCAAUACAAGAUCCGCAUAAUGCUUUUCUGAUCCAGCUCUAAUGUCAUCAAUUUAUCAAUUCGUUGAAAAUGUGAUCUCAGUUAUCCCUCCUUAAAAACAAAACCUGUGAUUUUAGUGCCUUUUAAACUUGUCCGUAUCCAAUCAUGAGUCUGAAGAAAAUUCGACGAAGGCUCUCGCAAACAUUCCGGCUGAGCAUUGACAAUUCCUUAUCUGAGUUGGCAGAAACAUCUCCGUGCAGCAAGGAUGACUCCUGUAAAUCUAAAUGCUAUGUCAAAAAAGGAGCAGCAAAACUGGUGCAGUCUCAUCCAGAAAUCUUUAAACCAAGUCCUGAAAAAGGUGUACUGUACGAGCACUCAGGAUUAGGCUUUGUGUCCGGUGAAGAAUCAGAAGAAGCUUCGGACGGACUUUCGGAAGAAGUACCCUCACCGCUUAGAAGUAGAGAUAAUAGGUUAAUUGAGAAGGACAUCAACAAGCGGCUGUCCCUCCCGGCCAACUUCCACCUGCCCGAGGACUUUCUCUCCAAGUGCAACUCCAGCCCGACCGGGACCGACGGCCCGCUCACCCGGGCCUCCCGCCGGCAGUCCCUCUCCGAGAUCGGAUUCGGGCGCAAGGAGACCUACGUCAAGCUCAACAAACUCGGACAGGGCUCCUAUGCAACAGUGUUCAAGGGAAAAUCUAGAUUAACCGGUUCCCGUGUGGCACUAAAAGAGAUAAGACUGGAACACGAGGAAGGAGCGCCUUGCACAGCCCUCCGAGAAGUCUCACUACUAAAAGAACUGAAACAUGCGAAUAUAGUCACGCUUCAUGAUAUUGUUCACACGAAGAAAGUCCUGACUCUAGUGUUUGAAUAUUUGGACAAGGACUUGCAGCAAUAUAUGUGUGAACAUCAUCUUAAUGUACAUACUGUUAGAUUAUUUUUAUUCCAAUUACUCCGAGGCCUUGCAUACUGUCAUGAGCGGAAGAUUCUACACCGGGAUCUCAAACCACAAAAUCUUCUGAUCAAUGACAUAGGAGAGUUGAAAUUAGCAGACUUUGGGCUCGCUCGUGCCAAAUCCGUCCCUAGCAAAACGUAUACCAAUGAAGUUGUAACGCUGUGGUAUAGACCUCCCGAUGUUCUUUUAGGUUCCACCGAAUAUUCAACCCAAAUUGAUAUGUGGGGUGUAGGUUGUAUUUUUUAUGAAAUGCUGGAACAUAAACCACUGUUUCCGGGCUCAACGAUUGAAGAUGAACUGACACUAAUUUUCUCAGAACUAGGCAUGCCUGAACCGGACACAUGGCCUGGCCUAGAAAUACCAAAACUCAAAUUAACUUCAAGUACCCUCAAUCAAAGCUUAUCAAAAGCGAAUUUAGGUGCUAAUGACAGCAUAGUCAACAACACUUCGGUGAAACAACCACAUAGGACCGUGCCAUCUCGAUCACUCGUACACAAUCCUGUGGAGAAUAAACUCCUGUUGAAGUUCCUUACGUAUGAAGCUAAGAAUAGAAUAUCAGCCAAAGAAGCGAUGAAAGACCGAUUCUUUAAUUCUUUAGGACCUGAAGUUCAUAAGCUUCCUAAUACUGCAUCAAUAUUUUCACUGCCUGGAAUAAGUUUGAAAGGAUCAAAUCCCAAGAGAGGUUUACCAAGAGGUACCCAAAGGGACUCCCCUCUCUGGUUCCAAGAGGUAUCAAGAGGUACCAGGAUCCUGAAGUAAUAUCAAUGAGUCUUUCCAAUUGUCUUUAAAAAAACGGUAAUUGCUUGUGCAUUUGUUGGUUCUCUCUUUCAUUCGCUUCAGGACAGAUUUUCCUCUGAUUUGUAUCUUUUAUAAUGAAAAGAGCACUAGCUCACCGAUGAUAGUCACUCUUUGUACCAGGCGUGGGAAAUCUCUGCUACACGCAAGAAUCAGUAGGCUACAGUCCAGCUUUUUGGAUGAAGUGUUCAAGAUUCGAGGACCUCGGAAAUUUAUUCCGUUCUUUUACAAGAAUCAAAAGAAAGGUCUCAUGGCUUAAGGCAGUAUUUUUUUGGCUCAGUUUGAUUCAAAAAUUGUUUGUGUGUCUGAAUUAAAGUUUAACCUUACCGUAAAGUCUGUUUUGACAAUCUUAAUUUUAGUUGGACACUAAUAUGGCUCUGAAACCUGUGGUAAAGAGUGAAAGCACUAAACCGAUAGACCUGCAGAUGUUUUAAGUAAAGAGUAAAUCAAUAUUUUUCCCCCUUUUUCUGCGAUAAAACUUAGUACCUGUCAUCUACCACCGCAUCCAGAAACUCUGAAUUCUGAAUUGACUUUGAAUUUUCCCCAAGUAGUAAUUUCAUCACAGAACACAAUAUUGCGAAAUAAAAAAGUACUUUUAACGUUUUUGUUAUGUCAGAAUGGCAGAAUUUGUCCUUGUUGUGUAUAAUUUGUAUCUCAUGGAUUAUUUGAAAGUGCCCCUUCGGUCUUGUCAAUGAAUCUAGUGGUGUAUGGCUUCAACCCUUAGAAUUUUAAAAGUUUGGUCCCUGUGUGAAAAUGUGCUCCCCACUUUUCCUCCCAAAGAAGGUUAUCCAUGGACCCCUGAAUUGUAACCGAACAGAAAGAAAAAUAGAAUUAGGUCAAAAUAAAUCCACAUUAUUCAAAAGCCCAGUAACUUAUUCUUCGCGAAGCGAUUUUUGCUACAGUUCUUGCUAUUGUCCCAAAAGCACAAUUUUAAGGGGGGUUCUGGAAACUAUGAUGGAGUCCUCUCGGUUAUUGUACAAUUCUAUGGCUACGUUUCAGCCAGCAUUCUAAUGUUCAUUUACUGCCGUAAGUAGACUCUGCGUUUAUUAAAAGUAAAAAAAUUGAAUUAACACUCAUAGAAAAUGCUACUUUUUUUUAUCUAAGAGUUGUAUUUGGAACUUCUUGAUGUCUUUUUUGAGAUUCACUAAAUUUUUAAUGGGAUAUUGCUUACUGUGGUGCUCAAUUCUAACUUAGACCCAGGGUCCAUUAUCAGAGAUUGCCAUUCCUUGUCUCCUAGUACUGCAAGUACUUCCAUGUACUUCCAAAAACGAUAAAAAAUCUGCCAAUCCUUCAUAUCUGUUGAUAUUUUGGUGAAGAUAAAUAGUUGUGAGUUGGGUGUGAGGAGUGAACUUAGUUUUAAUUCUAAGCACUGAUUCUUAUUGUUUUUGUUAUCGAACUGAUACUUUUAAAUGUACAGUAGCCAAUUUGUGUAGUGUGUUUUAACUUUUUUCUUUGUUUUCUAUCAAUUUUUUAUUAAUUUUUCUUUAAAGCAAAAUCGAAACAGUGUGAUACUUAUCAAUUUUUUGUCAAGUCGUAAUUUAGUUUACGAAUUUGUUUGAUAGUUUUUGUCACCAAUAUUGUUCUCUUUUGGCUGGUCAGCUUACACUUGCAUAAAUCUUGUGCAGACAACUUUUAUUACAGUGAAACCUCAAUAACUCGGUUCCCGGAUAAGCCGGUAACCUGCUAAUCUGCUUUAGUCGGUAGAAUCGCCCACAACGCCUUUUUCACUUUCAAAUUUAAUUUUAACUUAUAGUUAACUAAAAAACAGUGCAGGCAUUGUAAUAGUGCAUACAUAAAUUCUUUGGGAAUUCUCUGUGUAUGCACUUUUUUCAAAGUUUUGAAGGCUCUUUAGAAGCUAAGACCAUUAACAGUCGUAACCGAUGGGUGCCAAUCCUUCAAGCAAGUCAACUGCUUUUGCUGUUUUCAUGUAUCCUGUGCAAAUGAGGCAAGAGCUGUGCCUUUAAUGUAUUAUGUCCAUAUUUAUAAUAAUACUUUCUACUAGAAAUUCUAAUCAAACGAAAGGAUUCACUACUUCAGUUUGUCUGCAAAUAUUUUCUCUAAUUUACCACUGAGAUCAGCAAAUAUGUUGCAGGAGUACGACCAUGUGCCUGCACAUUUAGUCAACUUGAAUUUAAAACGAUAUCAAGUCAAAAUUUUUUCAGAACUUUUAUCAAAAGAAAAAUGGUGAUGCCAUCAAAGUUCCCAGUGUCAUCUAAUUAUAUGCUUAAUCGUUUGUCUUAUGAAGAAAGCCCUUCAUAGAAUCAAACUGACCUAUUUUGUCAAAGUCCAAUUAUCAAUCUCACGGAAAGGAAUUAAAGAUUUAUAGUGCAUAAGAAAUAAUAUUUCCCUGAGUUGUAUGUGUAAGAAUUUCAGCACCCUAUCUAGCAUCUUUGUUUUUGUGCCUGUAAUGUAUCUCAAGGUGCCUUGUCAAAAAACCACUUGAUCUUGAUUGAGUGAAUAAAUUACAGAAGGAAAAGAAAACCCCUGCUAGAGAUUGAAUCUCAUCAAAAAUAUUCUGUAAACAUGCAUAAACUGUGUGCUUAGUUGUUAGGGAUCAUCUGGAUUUUAUGGGAGAUUUGUGUAGUCUUGUUUCAUUUACCAUUUCUUGAGUAGUUCAAGUGAGUUAAUGAAAAUAAAAUCAACCCACGCUGUCUUUAAAUUGGCGCAUACACACCUAUGUGCCAUUGGUUGAAAAGCCAUUUUUUUAGGGACGUGUAACUUCUGUAUUUUUUUUUUUUUUUGAGCUGAGUUUUUUGAGGGUUUCUUUCCUCCACUUUCCUUCAAGUUAAGUUUGAAAUUUUCCAAGCUUUGAAAAUAACUGAAGUUAUGCUUGAGGAAAUUUUAAUCAAGCUGGAGCCCUGCUGAUAAUGAGUUGUAACGUCCAAAAUCACUCUUGUCAGACAAUGAAUUUAAGGAGGUUUAGACUGUAUGACAAUAUGGGGUUGUAUUUUUGCUUGAGUUCUAGCACUGUUUUUUUUUUAUGAGGAUUGUGAAUUCUUGUCAUUAUGACAUAUUAAAAUAUACUUUCCCCCCAAAAUUCUAAAUAUCUACUAGAAACGUAGGAUAAAGGGAAACCUCUGCCGAAAAAAUAUUGUUUCCUUUAUUUCUCUGACAAUAUACAAUAGAGUUGACCUCUCUCGGUUUUGAUAAUCAUGUGAGCUUUCACACCUUGUAAACUCCUGAUGAUGCAAGCGCUGAAAGCACAUUAUUUUAGUGCAAGUGUAAACGACCGGCCACUUGGUCUUUUUGUGUCCGUAAUGUGUCAUUGUCUUCAUUUUAAAUUGUAACUACAUAGUGUGAACAAUUUUUUCUCGUUUGAAAACUUUCGAACAGUUGUAUGUUUUUUGAAGAAUUGGCCCACUCUAUCAGGAAAUGUGUAUGACUCUUUUUGUAUCAAGGAAGCAUCUGUGUUAAUUACGUCAAAUUGAACUUACAUCAAAAUCUUUUUAAUAUUUUAAGAGAGUUUUAACCAUUGGAAGAUCAGAGAGAAUCCUUGAGGUUUGAGGUCUUCGCUUGAGUUAAAAUCUGAACAAAAUUUUCUGAUUUUUUGGCUUUGAAAAUGAUCUCAAGGUAAGAGACAAGUGAUGAAGUUAUCAAAAGUGUUGAAAUAUAAUUCUGAUUCUAAUAUUUGUAGACCAUCAAAUAUGAACAUGUUAUUAAAAUAUUCAUGAAAGUAAUUUAUUAUUCCUCCUCUUUUGCUCCCAGUAUUUAGCCUUUGUGAUUUAUCGUGCAAUGCGUUUGUAAUCAAGCCAGCCGGAAAGAACCAUAAUUGAAAAAACCAAGUCUAGAGGUUUGUUUAGUUUCACAUGAAAUAGUUUUCAUGCUUGUAUUUCGCAUCCUCACAUAAAUUUCUAUCAUUAAUUUUUAAGGAGUUCAAAUGAAUGCACCAUCUCUUCACCCGACCAAAUCAUUUGAUUUUGAAUGGUUCUUUCCUGCUCUGUUUGAUUCAUCUUGCAGAAUAAUGAAAUUCAGUACAGAUAUUUCUGUUCGUUUCAAAUGAUACAGUAUCCUGAAAUUUGUUGCCUACACUUUAAAUGUAUUUUUUAGUGCCUGGACUUUGUGCACAAGAAGAAUUUAUAUCAAAUCACAAUAAAUUUUUAUCAAUUUAGAUUAUUUAUAGAUUUUACGUAUUUGUUAUCUUUCUUUUUUCUUUGUUACCGAGAAAUGGAUUUUCUUUUUUAUACACUUGUUCAAAAAGUUGAUCUUUAUGUAAUAUGUACGUAAUUAGCCUUACCAAUACCUCUACUGCAAAUAUCCUCGUCAUUUUUGCAGAGAAAUUCUAAUUUUAUACUAACGCUGUUGCUGUAAACGGCCUGUACCUUCAUCAGUACUCAUGUAAAGUAUUAUUUACACCAAAUUUCAAUUAAGUUUUCAAAAAUGUAUCCAUGAAGACCAAUUGUCCUGUUAUUUUAGUGUGGUGACAACAAUAAUUAAUAUUAUUGUAACAAAAUCAAAUUUAGAAAAAAAAAUGAAUAAAUAAAGAAACUUUGAAGAUUCA